AUGAACUCCAUGAAACCUGAAGAGAACAAGUCAUUCACUGCUACAGAAAAUGGCCAGGGUACCAGACCUGAAGAUUCACAGGAUACUGUCAUGAGGCGGACAUGUCCUGGCACACCUGCUGCUCAUUCUCUGUCUGACAGGAAAGAGCAUAGCAGUCCCAUUAAGCUUAAAAGUGAAGUCAAGCAGGAAGCCUCUGUGGAAAUUCAGAACCGAGACUUGAGCACCAGUAAAAAGUGUUCUUUUACUUUUACCUUGAGUAAAAGCUCCAGGAAAUCAGACCGUAGUGUGUUUCGAGGCCAUGGUAAACCCACUGAGAGUAUCUACUCAGCCCUGAUAGCUAAGGAAAAUUUCAGUGAAAGGAUGGGGAAUCAUCUUAAUAAGAACAUCCUUGUUUAUGAAGAGAAAACUAUAGGCGGAUAUGUAAAUUUAGGAAUGCCCCUCAAGUGCCUACCUGAAGAUUCCCAUUUUAAAAUAACAUUUGGUCAAAAAAAGGGUAACCAGGAUCAGAUGUUUCGCCAAUGUGAAGAUCCAAACAUGGAAUGCGUUCUUUUUCACAUUGUUGCUGUUGGAAGGAAUAUAAAGAAGAUUGUCAAGAUCAAGGAACUUCAUGAAAAAGGAAGUACACUUUGUAUCUAUGCAUUAAAGGGUGAGACUAUCAAAGUAGCUCUAAGCAAGGAUGGCCGAUUUCGGUCCGACCUUGACAAAUAUGAAUGGAAAGUAAUGGAAAAUCAUCAGAAAAUUCAUGGAAAGCAGUCCCUGGUGGAUGAAGUAUGUGGAAAAACCUUAGAAAUGGACAUUUUUAAGAAACAGGUCAGGAGAGGUGCUCCUAAAAAAAUUAAUCAGAAUGAAAAUGCCACUGAUGAAAUCACCUGGGAUCAGAUACAGUCUGAGAUCAGAGAACACGAACCAGAGACAGUUGGGGAAACUGAAGUUGUAGAGUCCACCAGAGAAAAACUCGUCCCACCUCAGAGUCUAGGGCAUGGUAUUGAAGGUAAAAAACGACGCACAAUUUCCAGAAUGAGGAGGUAUUAUAAUAGUUUUAACAGAAAACACUGGAGGAACAACUCAAGACGUAGGCAAAGGCCCCAUGUGUGUAUGAAGCAUGUUAUUCAAGCCAUGCCGGGGAUGGCAACUAACCUCGGGCUAAAGAAUCGCCAAAUAUUGGACAAAAGUAUAAUGGAUCAAUAUCCAAAUUUUAAUGGGGAGGCACUUUGGAUGAGAAAGUAUUUUUGGAAUGAACGGAAGAGAACCAAACUGACAACCUUUCAACAAUUCAACAUAUAUAAAAAGUACUUUGGGAAAGUGACUGAAAAUUCUACUGCAGUUGCAACCUGUGAAGAUCUUAUUCACCUUAGUAAGUCAGUUGGGUUCAUGACAUGGGACAAUAAUGGAAAUACAGGGUCUGGUACUUGUUUUGUCUUCAAUCAUGGUUAUAUUUUCACCUGUCAACAUGUAAUACAUCUUAUGGUGGGAGAAGGCACAGAUCCAAGUUUGUGGCCAGCUAUAAUAAGCAAAUGUGCAAAGGUAACUUUCACUUACAAAAGGUUCUUCCCUGUUGUUGUUGAUUGGUAUGACAUUGAGCCAUGGUUUGAAGUGUCUGAUGGACCUCUAGAUUAUGCCAUUCUAAAGCUAAGCAAAAAUGAAAAUGGAUUCCCUCCAGGACUGUUUGGACGAAUUUCCUCUCAACCGUCUAGUGGUUUGGUUUAUUUAAUUGGUCACCCAGAAGGCCAGGUCAAGAAGAUAGAUGGCUGUGCUGUGAUUCCUCUAAAUCAGCGGUUAUUGAGGUACCCAGAACAACACCAAGAUGGGAUGGUAGGACCCCAUGCUGCCCCUUAUAAUGCUUUCUCCAUGUUCACCCAAAGAAGUUUCCUAUCAGAACUUUGGAGAACUGACACACUUAGCUAUGAUACCAGCUUUUCCAGUGGGUCCUCUGGCUCCCCAGUGUUUAAUACAUCUGGUGAAUUGGUUGCUAUUCAUACCGUUGGGCAUUUUUACAACCAUGGAGGUAAAAUCCAAGCCCUUAUUGAAUAUGGCUAUUCUAUGUAUUCAAUUCUUUGUGACAUUAAACAGAAAAAUGAGAGGUUUUAUAAAUUCUUAAACGAAGAGAAAAACGAGAACCGUAACGAAGACCAUAACAAACAAGAGUUGUCACUUCAAGAUCAUCAGAUUGAAUCCAUGGAACAUUAG